GCCCACACAGGGCAGCGGCCCGGGAGCAGGCGGUGCGCGGCCGGCCGAGCCGCGCGGGGCCCGAUCGCGGGCGCUGCGGCGCUGAGCCGCCCACGUCACCGAGCCCACGGGCCGUCGGGGCCGGCCCGAGAGUCCGCCGCGAGCACAGGUGCCCGGACACCAUGCCCCCACCUACAGGCCUGACAUCGGCAUGAAGUAGACGACGGGGGUCUCGGCCGCCUGCCAGCAUGUCUUCCACGCAGGGCCGUGGGGAGCAAUGGGACUCCCUGGAGUCAGUGGGCCUCAGCCGCAAAGAGCUGGCCAUGGCCGAAGCCCUGCAGAUGGAGUACGAUGCUCUGUCCCGGCUGCGGCAUGACAAGGAGGAGAGCAGAGCCAAGCAGAACGCGGACCCGCCGCUCAUCAGCUGGGAUGAGCCAGCGCUGGGCUUCUACAGCAAACCCGCCGAGAGGCGCCAGGACCUCAAGCUCCUCCGCGGUCUGUCUGGCUCCGAUCCCACCCUCAAUUACAACUCGCUCUCCCCGCAGGAAGCGCCGCCUGCCCACCCCAGCUCCCAGGGCUCCCGGCCUGGCCCCGAUCCCUGGCCCAAGGGCUCCCUGCCUGGCGACUAUCUCUAUAUCUUCGAUGGCUGUGACGGGGGCCUCUCUUCAUCCCCAGGAACGGGGGAUGAUGAUGACGACGACGCUUCGAAAAAACUGUCGCCCCCUCCUCUGCCUCCCAGGAAGGGGUCCCCCUCCUCGUCCUCCAAGAUCUCCCGGGGGCCCAAUGACAUCAACACUUUUUCGUCAGCUGAACAACCUCCUGGCAAAUUGCUAGGGCACCAGAUCCUCAAAGAGGAGGAGGCGCCCGGAGGUGGGCACCCAGGGCACCUCCUGGGGCCUGUGGACUAUGAUGGCAUCAACUGUGCCAUCACCCGUCUCAACCUGAAGUCCACCUAUGACACGGAGUUGCUGCGAGACGCCAGCCGGGGCUGGAAGGACUCCGGCAAGGACACACCUGGGAAGCCCGUGGCCCGGAGCAAGACCAUGCCCCCUCAGGUGCCCCCACGCACCUACCCCUCACGCUAUGCCAACCGGAAAAAUGUCACUUCCGGCAAGAACCAUCGGAUUUCUGCUGCUCCGGUGGGUUCUCGGCCCCAUGCCGUCACCAAUGGCCACGAGUUGUUUGAGGUCUCAGAGGAGAGAGAUGAGGAAGUUGCUGCAUUUUGCCACAUGCUGGACAUCUUGCGCUCAGGCUCUGACAUCCGCGACUACUCGCUCACCGGCUACGUCUGGAGCGCCGUCACCCCGAGCCCCGAGCACCUGGGCGACGAGGUCAACCUGAAGGUGACCGUCCUGUGUGACAGCCUGCGGGAGCCGCUCACGUUCACCUGCAACUGUUCCUCCACGGUCGACCUGCUCAUCUACCAGACCCUGUGUUACACCCACGACGAGCUUCGGGGUGUGGAUGUGGCGGACUUCGUGCUGAAGCCCUGCGGGCUGGAGGAGUUCCUGCAGAACAAGCACGCACUCGGCAGCCACGAGUACAUUCAGCACUGCCGCAAGUUUGACAACGACAUCCGGCUGCAGCUGAUGACGCGGGGAGCCGUCCGCAGUGACCUGGCACGCACGGUGAACGAUGACCAGGGCCCCUCCACCUUGAACUACCUCGUCCAUCUGCAGGAGAGGCCGGUCAAGCAGACCAUCAGCAGGCAGGCCCUGAGUCUACUGUUCGAUACGUACCACAACGAAGUGGACGCUUUCCUGCUGGCAGACGGGGACUUCCCGCUGAAGGCAGACCGGGUGGUCCAGUCAGUCAAGGCCAUCUGCAACGCCCUCGCCGCCGUGGAAACGCCUGACAUCACCAGCGCCCUCAACCAGCUGCCCCCCUGCCCCUCGCGCAUGCAGCCUAAGAUCCAGAAGGAUCCCACCGUCUUGGCUGUGAGGGAGAAUCGAGAGAAGGUGGUGGAGGGGCUCACGGCCGCCAUCCUGGACCUGGUGGAGCUGUACUGCCACACGUUCGACGCGGACUUCCAGCCAGCGGCCCAUGGGAGCCGAGCUCACCAGCUGGUGCAGGACGCCUGCCACUUCUCGGGGCUGCUGUGCUUCACCGUCUACGCCACGCACCGCAUCCCCAUCACCUGGGUGACCAGCUAUGAAGAUUUCUACCUCUCCUGCUCGCUCAGCCACGGCGGCAAGCUGCUGUGCAGCCCCCAGCAGACCCAGAAGACUUGCUUCUCCAAGUACCUCUUCCACCUCAUCGUGUGGGACCAGCAGCUCUGCUUCCCCGUGCAGGUGAACCAGCUGCCCCGGGAGACCCUGCUUUGUGCCACCCUCUAUGCCCUGCCCGUGCCCCCACCAGGCAGCUCCUCCGAAGCCACCAAGCAGCGGCGCGUCCCCGAGGUCCUGGGCUGGGUCACCGCUCCGCUGUUCAACUUUAGGCAAGUCCUGACCUGCGGCCGGAAGCUUCUGGGCUUAUGGCCAGCCACGCAGGAGAACCCCAGUGCCCGCUGGACUGCACCCAACUUCCACCAGCCGGACAGCGUCAUCUUACAGAUUGACUUCCCCACGUCAGCCUUCGAUGUCAAGUUCGCCAGCCCCUCCAGAGACAGCUUCAGCCCCUGCUAUGAGUUCGCCAGCCUCGGGGAGGAGGACCAGCGCAAGCUCAAGAGCAUCAUGCAGAAGGAGUCCCUGUACUGGCUCACUGACGCUGACAAGAAGCGCCUGUGGGAGAAGCGCUAUUACUGCCACGCCGAGGUGAGCUCGCUGCCGCUGGUGCUCGCCAGCGCCCCCAGCUGGGAGUGGGCGUGCCUGCCGGAAAUCUACGCGCUCCUGAAGCAGUGGGCCCACAUGAACCACCAGGACGCGCUGGGGCUGCUGCAUGCCACCUUCCCUGACCAGGAGGUGCGCCGCAUGGCCGUGCAGUGGAUCGGCUCGCUGUCGGACGCCGAGCUGCUCGACUACCUGCCACAGCUCGUGCAGGCCCUGAAGUACGAGUGCUACCUGGACAGCCCCUUGGUACGCUUCCUCCUCAAACGAGCCAUCUCGGACCUGCGGGUCACGCACUACUUCUUCUGGCUGCUGAAAGACGGCCUGAAGGACUCGCAGUUCAGCAUCCGCUACCAGUACCUGCUGGCCGCCCUCCUGUGCUGCUGUGGCAAGGGGCUGCGGGAGGAGUUCAACCGCCAGAGCUGGCUGGUCAACACCCUGGCCAAGCUGGCCCAGCAGGUCCGGGAUGCCGCCCCGUCCGCACGGCCGAGCACCCUGCGCACGGGCCUGGAGGAGCUGAAGCAGUUCUUCGCCCUCAAUGGCUCCUGCCGCUUGCCCCUCAGCCCCAGCCUGCUGGUCAAGGGCAUCGUGCCCAGGGACUGCUCCUACUUCAACUCCAAUGCGGUUCCGCUCAAGCUCGCCUUCCAGAACGUGGACCCGCUGGGCGAGCACAUCCGGGUCAUCUUCAAGUGUGGGGACGACCUUCGCCAGGACAUGCUGACCCUGCAGAUGAUCCGCAUCAUGAGCAAGAUCUGGGUGCAGGAGGGGCUGGACAUGCGCAUGGUCAUCUUCCGCUGUUUCUCCACCGGCAGGGGGCGAGGGAUGGUGGAGAUGAUCCCCAACGCGGAGACCCUGCGCAAAAUCCAGGUGGAGCACGGGGUGACCGGCUCCUUCAAGGACCGCCCCCUGGCCGACUGGCUGCAGAAACACAACCCUGGGGAGGAUGAGUACGAGAAGGCCGUGGAGAACUUCAUCUACUCGUGUGCCGGCUGCUGUGUGGCCACUUAUGUCUUGGGCAUCUGUGACCGACACAACGACAACAUCAUGCUGAAAACAACCGGCCACAUGUUCCACAUCGAUUUUGGCCGCUUCCUGGGCCAUGCCCAGAUGUUUGGCAACAUCAAGCGGGACCGUGCCCCCUUUGUCUUCACCUCGGACAUGGCGUAUGUCAUCAAUGGGGGUGACAAGCCUUCCAGCCGUUUCCAUGACUUCGUUGACCUUUGCUGCCAAGCCUACAACCUCAUCCGCAAGCACACCCACCUGUUCCUCAACCUGCUGGGCCUGAUGCUGUCCUGUGGCAUCCCCGAGCUCUCCGAUCUGGACGACCUCAAGUACGUGUACGAUGCCUUGAGACCUCAGGAUACGGAGGCCAAUGCCACCACCUACUUCACUAGGUUGAUCGAGUCCAGCCUGGGCAGCGUGGCCACAAAGCUCAACUUUUUCAUCCAUAACCUGGCCCAGAUGAAGUUCACAGGCUCCGACGACCGGCUCACCCUUUCCUUCGCCCCCCGGACAUACACCCUCAAGAGCUCCGGCCGCCUCACCAAUGUCUUUCUCUGCCGCCACGAGAAGAUCUUCCACCCCAACAAGGGCUACAUCUACGUGGUGAAGGUGAUGCGAGAGAACGCUCACGAGGCCACGUACAUCCAGCGCACGUUUGAGGAGUUCCAGGAGCUGCACAACAAGCUGCGGCUGCUCUUCCCUUCUUCCCUCCUGCCCAGCUUCCCCAGUCGCUUCGUGAUUGGCCGCUCCCGGGGAGAGGCAGUGGCCGAGCGGCGGAGGGAGGAGUUAAACGGCUACAUCUGGCACCUGAUCCACGCCGCCCCGGAGGUGGCCGAGUGUGACCUGGUGUACACCUUCUUCCACACCCUGCCGCGAGAUGACAAGGCCGCAGGCACCAGCCCCGCUCCCAAGUCCUCAGAUGGCAUGUGGGCCCGUCCUGUUGGGAAGGUGGGAGGGGAGGUGAAGCUGUCCAUCUCCUACAAAAACAACAAGCUCUUCAUCAUGGUGAUGCACAUCCGGGACCUGCAACCGCUCCAGGACGGGAAUGACCCUGACCCCUAUGUGAAGAUUUACCUCCUUCCGGACCCUCAGAAAACCACCAAGAAGAAAACCAAGGUGGCCCGGAAGACCUGCAACCCCACCUACAAUGAGAUGCUGGUGUACGACGGAAUCCCGCAGGGCGACCUGCAGCAGCGGGAGCUGCAGCUGAGCGUGCUGAGCGAGCAAGGGUUCUGGGAGAACAUCCUCCUCGGCGAGGUGCGCAUCCGGCUGCGCGAGCUCGACCUGGCCCAGAAGACCGGCUGGUUCGCGCUGGGGUCUCGCAGUCAUGAGACCCCGUGAGCCCCCGACAGCCCUGGCCUGGGCAUCCAGGCUGGUGGUGGAGCUGGGGGAGUGGCCGCGCCCUGCAGGGCCGUCCUGCCCUGCUUGAAGGGCCAGGGCCCUGCCGCCGCCAGAGGAAGGGGGGGUCUUCGGCGUGGGACGGCCAGCGAGAGGCGGUCUCCGCUGUCACCGCCACAACACGGAACCUGGGUUGGCUGCGAUGAGCAGCCACAAGGGAGGCUGUGAGGUCGCAGCGACGUUUUAAGUUUACCUUGUGUCAAGGGGGCAGCCUCUGGUUUGGGGUGUGAGGGGGGAGGGCGGUAUGGAGUAGCAGGCAGCGGGCGGGGAGGGAGGGGGACACAUCUUUAUUUUUAUUUUUAAAAAAUGAAAUAGUCGUGUUGUCCUCACUGUUCAGGACGCCUCGUGAGCGGGGACUAAUUAUGCCCCCGAAGGCAGGAGCGGGAGGCUGGGGGCUGGGGGAUCAGGGUUCCGACCGGUCUUCCCCGUGGGCCCGGGGCCUGUGUGGUUCGGGUUGGGUUUUUCUAUCUGUGGGAAAUGUGGGAGAGAGGCCCGGUGGGUUCUCGCUUGGACACCCCCCCUCGAAGGGCAGGGGGAGCGUGGGAGGAUGCGCAGUGCCGGCGGGGGGGCACCGUGGAUUUUGCCUCCAAAGGAGAGCGACGUGUGUGAGGAAGGGCCCCGCCUGGCUCCUCGGAGACCCCCGUUUCUGGACGGGACCCUCGGCGGGCGUGUUCUUCUGUCUUCUGCUUCGCUGGCUUCUCCCCGCCGUUCAGCCAGCCCUACCAGGCCCCGCGAAGACCUCACGGGGCCUCCCUUAUCUCUGCCUCCUCCCCCGAGCCUCCCUUUCACUCAAGGGCAUCUCGAGGCCUUGCGACGGGCCUUGAGUGAGUGGCUGAAGCCAGUGUGGCCGCCAGCUGGGCAAUUCCUGCGGUGCCCACACUCCUUUUGUGCUGCUGUCUCCCCGACUCCCUCUCCGUCCCACUUUCGAGAAAGCAGCUCCCCCUUUCCAUGGGGCCAGAAACCUCGUCAGUCCGGAGCCAAAGGGAGGCCCUGCCAGGAAGGGGAGGACACGUGUGGGAGUCGAGCCCUUUUCCGGGGGUUUCCUUUGGCCUCGAGGACGCUGGAUGGGAGCCACCUGUGACCCCACCCCCACCCCGGAGCUGAGCUGGGAGGGUGAGACUCGUCUUCAUACGCUUCAUUCCCAACUGGGUGCAUCUGCAGUGCCCGUCACUCCAAAGUGGUCUUCUCUGAAAAGUGAGGAAGAGACUUGGGAUUUGACACGAGUGUGUAAACCAGACCCGGCGGGUGGUGAAAGCGGACGACUCAGAACCAGCCACCCUCACCUGGCGUGGCGCCCUCGCCAGCUCAGCGGGUCCCACUUCCGCCGCCGACUCAUUCCAUAGCUGGAGAAAAGAAAAAAUAGUUUCCUCCAGAGUGAAAGCCCCCGCUGACUGCUGACGAACGGACCAGGGAUGGGCUCUGGGUUUGUUUUUUUUUUUUGCCUGGGGCUCACUUUAUCCUGCCCCUCUGCGUGCCCAGUCAAAAUCCAUGUACUGCACCUACUCCCAUACCCUCCGUCUCCUACUUUCUCUGGAAUUGUAUUUUCUAAUAAAUGACAUUUGAGAAAGA